UUCUGACAUAAGCUAACAAGCGGUGGACGUAGCUAACGGUUUACAGCUAGCUUAAGGUGUUAAUUAUUUUUGGAAAAACAUAUCAAAUGCUUUAAUAUUCAACUUCGCCGAAUGGAUUUUCAUGAAGGGGAGCAUUUUCAAAAACAAUGUAGUGACCACCAUACUGGUGAAAGUGAGUAUGAUGUGGUUCUUCGGGCGGGAAGUGACCAAGCCAUGACCGGCGACCCGCGGGCACUGCGUCACCUGACGGCCAUGGAGGAGAGCUGUCGGCCGGCUCCUCACUGUGACAGAGUCCAGACAGACAUACAACCAAACAUGCGGAGGAUGCUGGGAGUGUGGAUGUUCCAGGUGUGUGAGGAGCAGAAAUGUGAGGAGGAGGUGUUUCCGCUGGCGGCGUGUUACCUGGACUGCUACCUGAGCCGCUUUGCUAUCGGGAAGUCUAACCUGCAGCUUUUAGGAGCGGUUUGCAUGUUCCUGGCAUCUAAAAUGAGAGAGACUGUCCCUCUGACUGCCAGCAAGCUUUGUAUCUACACAGACAACUCCAUAUCAUUGUCAGACAUCCUGCAGUGGGAGGUAGCAGUGGUGUCCAGGUUGGACUGGUGUCUGGCCUCUGUGGUGCCCUCUGACUUUUUGGAGCCGAUCCUUCACACACUCCCCUUUGUUUGUCCCCAUCACCUUCCAAACAUGCGUAGGCAUGUUCACUCCUACAUCGCCCUGGCAGCCACUGACUGCAGGUUUGCAGAGUUCUUACCCUCCAGUGUUGCAUGUGCUUGUGUGAGCAUAGCAGUGCAGAGGCUAAAGCUAGCGGACUCUUCCCUCAACCCUGAUUCAGUUAUGAAGUUUUUGGCCAACCAUCUGGCCAUUGACCUGAGCUCUGUCCUCCUCUGCCAUGACCAGCUUUGGGGUGUGUUGGAGCUCAGCCUGCCCUCUUGUUUCCAGAGUGUUUGCAGAUCAGGAGGGCACAGCUCAGAGAUUAGCUACACCGCUGCCGACAUUCAGGAUGUUGUAUUUACACCAGUGACAUCAAGCUAAAGCACUCCUCCCAGCCAUGAAUUGCCGAAGCGUGCUGUAAAUUUGCAUCCAUUAACUACAACAUGAAAUUUAAAUAGGAGAUGAAAUGUGUCUAAAUAAAUGCCAUUUAUACUUCCUCUAAAUAGUUGCUUAAAUAUGGAUGGUUUUGGAGAUUCCACCUUGACAUGAGUUGUUGAGCUAGUUUGAGAAAUGAUUUUUUCCAAAUGUCCAUUGUGUUGCUACAUUCUCUUUUGUUUUUGCAACUUCUCCUGAAACUUUGUUAGAAUAGAAUAGUGAUUGUGUUGUCUUUUUUAUGAUAUUAGUAGUUGAAUUGCCCUAAUUAUUGUAAGCAUUGUUUGCACAUGUUGCCUAUAUGUAUUAACUGCUCUCAUUUCUAGUGUUUUAUAAGAUCAUUUAUCUCCACAGUUCUGAUUAGAUUGAAUAGAUGUUUAUGCACUGCUCUGAAUUCCCUUGUGACUAUAAAUAAACAUAUUCAGCACACAAAAUUAAACAUUAGUCUAGAAGUCAGUGACAGAAUCAGACAGCAUUCAUUUUUAAUAUUGAUUUACUUCAAGUCACACAACAGCAUGUCAAAUCCCACAGUCAUACAACUGAUAAGCCACUAACUUUGGCAACCAUGGUUUUAGUUACUGUCAGAGAAAAAAAAAAAAAGCUUAAUAGAGCCUGAACACCUGAAACUUACAGGAUAAGAGAGAGGGAAAAUGUUGAUGAAAU